CACGAGAGACACCAAGAGAGAAGCAGAGGCGGUAAACAUUAUCCAGACACGGAUCCUGGCUUCCACUGCCGCGCCUUCCAAAAGGGCGAGACCAACCUUUGCAAACCCCGCAUUUUGCAGGCGAGCACGACUUCAUCGCAGAAAUGUCCACCACUGUGACAGAAUGCGGAAACGUGAGGAUCAUCUCGAAAGUCGUUCAGCCAGGCCAGCAGGAAGCAGGCACAGCAAAUACGUCAGGAGCUACUGUCACUGUAUCGCACGGUGCAUCAACCUAUAGCAAAAACACCAAGAAUAUGCUUCCCAAGGCCCUUGGGACUGUGCAGAUCGUCGUGGGGGCUAUAGAGAUAUGUUUUGGAGUUGCCCUGACAGUAGCAGAAGAAGAUUCAAAGACCCUGACUGUGAAGAGUGGGGUCUACUUCUGGUUCGGGAUCUUGCUCCUGAUCUCUGGGUCAUUGUUGGUGGAAAUGGAGAAAAGAGAUCUUCAAUGGCUGGUGAAAGCUUGCUCCGCUGCCAACUUGCUAGUUUGUGUUGCUGCAUUGGUUGCUGUAAUCCUCCAUAGUACUGAGAUUGCACAAACCCGUCAACAAGACUUGUGUCAUGAUCCUGAUACUCAUGAUGGUCAUUGCUCUGUUCAGGUGCUGAUAUAUGGUCUGAACGCGGUGUUUAUCGUCUUUACACUUCUUGAACUGUUCAUAGCUGUGGCUGCCCUGGUAGUUGGAUCCAGAUCUGCACAACAACAACUCUAUCGGCAGAUGGCAUCGUGAUAAGGCUUCUCUUGGAACUUCUUGUCACAUCAUUUUCAGCAAUUAUAGAGGUCUUUCUUGCUUAGAGCUACACAGCUCUGAACUUCUUGCAGAUACUUCACCUUUUCCAAGAUGGACUGCAGGAAUCCUGCUAAUCUCUUGCCUGGCUUUCUUUAGAAAGAGAAAACAAACUAUAAACUUGCCUGUGACUCUCCUCUAUGGGUCCUGCCACAUAAGCUGAAAAGAAGCUUUUCCAAAUCCAAGACAUCUCUUCACUUUUGUGCAUUAUCAAGAGAGGGAAAUCUCUAUACCUUUUUAAAAGUUUACAUUUGGGGCCUUUCCUGUCUGUUCCUGGAAGACAACAGUCUGAUCUCUAAAUUCUCCUGGGUUUGGUGAGGAGAGAGAGCCCAAACAGAUUUGUCUGUGCUUAUUCCAACAUGAAAUUUAGGUUUGUGGUAAUGAAAUGGACACUGUGGUGAUGAGACUCAUAUAAAAACACACACUAUAUUGGAAGGGAAAGAGCUGUGAAUUUUUCAAGAAAAUAUCUAGCUCUUUGUGCUGGUUAGAAAACUGCUUGUGGAUCUUUCUGCAGGGAAGACUGAUGAGGGUUUUUAAUGAAUGCACAACACAUAUUCUUCCACAGGAACAGUUCACAUUAAAUCAAGCAUUCUCACACUGGAAAACAUUUGAUCAGCAUCUCAGCCUGUCUGCAACCAGGGAAGAAAGGUAGAUUAAGUCUUCACCCACAUACCAACCACUCUAUCCCUUCCAUUCUUCAGGUUGCCCUGGUACCCUAAUGCAGCAAUCUUGUACACACCUGGGAGUACAUCACGUUGAAACCAAUUGCUCUUACCUCUAAGUAGACAUGCAUACAAUUGCACUGUAAUGCUGCAAUCUUAUAGACGCUUAAUAUCGGAAUAAAUACCAAUGAAGAAUGUGA